CUGUGUGUGCGUUUGAGUCUGCGGUCGAUACCAGCGAUGUUCGAUUGUUUUGGACUGCAAACAAGAUGGCCGUUGACUGUCAACCGUAAUAAUUCUCAGACAGUAAUUUUCUGAUAUCAGCUAAUAUUUGAAAGUUCCUGACAGAAAUGGGUUUAUCACAGAGUUCAGAAGUAUCCGAGGGAGGAACCUAUGGAUACCAUGUGCACGGCGUGCAGCCGAAUUCCCCUGCAGAAAUGGCGGGACUGCAGCCCUUCUUUGACUUCAUUCUGUCGCUGGACAACAAAAGGCUUAAUGAGGAAAAUGACCUGCUGAAGGAGCUUCUGAAAGCCAACAUGGAGAAAGCAGUGAGGAUGGACGUGUACAGCACUAAAACCACAAGAGUGCGUGAGCUGGAGGUGGUGCCCAGUACCAUGUGGGGAGGACAGGGCCUGCUAGGUGCCAGUGUUCGCUUCUGCAGCUACCAAGGAGCCAAUGAGAAUGUCUGGCACAUUCUGGAUGUGGAACCCAGUUCUCCUGCUGCAUUGGCAGAACUUCAGCCACACAGUGACUACAUUGUCGGAGCAGAUCAAGUGUUGCAAGAUUCAGAAGACUUCUUCUCACUGAUUGAGGCCCAUGAAGGGAAGCCCCUGAAGCUGAUGGUGUACAACACACAAACAGACGCCUGCAGAGAGGUGGUGGUCACACCAAAUGGAGCAUGGGGCGGAGAGGGCAGUUUGGGUUGUGGCAUUGGUUAUGGCUACUUGCACCGAAUCCCAGCACAUCCUGAUGUAGCGACGGCAAAGCCUCCCAAUCCUGUUCCCGAGGACGAACCCUCCUCAGAGUUGCCUACUCAUGGAUUCAUGGAGGCACCUUUGGUGGCACCUUCAAGUCAAAGUGAAGAUGUGUUAGACCUGGAGCAGGUCACCUUCCAGGAAGCUCCUCUACCUCCACCCGUCCAGAGGGUCAUGGACCCUGGUUUCGCAGACUCUGAAGGGGCAGUGGUGAACCCUGACCCUGCAGAUUUGGCGGACAGACUGGAUCUGUCCAUGUCGUCCAUCGACAUGACCAAUACUGCACUGGCUAUGAACGAGGAGAAAGACGGGGAAAUCUCUGGUGUUGAGGAGCUGGAGGACAGUGUUCUACUGUCAUCGUCAGCAGACAGCCAGACUGAGCCACAAGAGCUGAGCUCCCAGGCAGCCAUGGACCUCACCUCUGCUCUCGCUUCCACUGACACUUUGUCUGAUUCAGGCGUCACACCAGCUGAACCAUCUCACCUGGUUACAGACCUACCUGGCUCUCUGUGUGAAUCUAGUGAUAGCCUGAGUUCCCCUAUGUGUGAAUUGUCUCUCCCCGUAGAGUCCCUAGAGUCUCCUGCUGAGCCCUCUGUCCCAGCUGAAGUCCCCCCCUGCCCAUCUCCUGCCGAUCUCCUCCAGUCCUCUGCUGUCGAUGAGCCGAUGGCAGCCGAUUCUCCUGCUCAGGCCAUCGAGGAUGCAGCAGGGCCAGCGGAGGAGCCUGCAGAGCCACUAGAUAUGGCUCCCGCUCACCACUGCAGCCAUGAGAGUGAUGGGAAGGAACCAGAAGAAGAGCCGCCUCUUGAGUAAGCUUGUAUCAGGCCGUACAAAAAUGCAAAGUGAAGUUGACAAUCACUGGGGCUUAUUUUUUUUUUUUUUUUAAAGAAACACUAUAGGAACUACAGGACAGACAGAUACUGAAAGCGUAUGGCUCCUUCCUCAGUUUAGUUACACUACAGAAUCCAGCUAAAGCAUUAGCAUAUAAGUAGAAAAAUACUGAGACACUGUAGGACCAUCCUAUUUGUUUUAAAUGUGUGGGAAUUGAAAGUUACUGCUAAUUUGUACACCAAGGUUAUAAUGUCAUCAACAUUUUUCCAUGCUUGGUGCAAAAUUAGAUUAUACGAGUGACAAGACUUUGCUUCUAGUACACUAAUGUGAUAAAUACUUGAACACUUCCAAAGACAAACACAUACAUUUACUACAGCAAAGCUCAGCUGCACCUUAAUAUCCAUUACACUAGCCAAGUUUUGAAGCUACCAGACUGUUGGCAGUUCACAUGAGUUGUCACAGUCUUGAGGUGCAGUGCUGCAUCUGUUGUCUAUGUGUUUCAAAGAACAAAUGAUUCCCAAAAUAGAACUUUUAAAAAUAAUUUACUUAUAGGAUUAUGAGAAGGACAUUUUUACAGUAGUUUAUAGCCAAUGUAUAUGAUUUUUAAGUGUUGGUAUGAGGAAAUAUUUGUGCACUUGUACUGCGUGAAACCAGUCCCGUACAGGUUUUUACCCCAAAUUUGAUGAGGUCAAUAUGUUUUACACAUAAUCUUAUAAGCCGGGUUUCGACACAAGGAUCUGGGGGUCUUUUUAGGUCCCUCACCUCGAGAAUGAAACAAUAAGUGUCUAUCUCUACAAGUCAUGGUUAUUUAUUUGUGCUUUAGAAAGCAACCGCUGUAAAGCAAGCAAUCAGCAAAUAUUUUUAUUUCACAGCUCCGUUUUUCUGCUCUCUCUCUCCUUCGCUCACUCGAGACGUAGCCAGCGUCUCUGCAGCCAAUGCAGUUCAGUGUGGCGCUGGCUCGCGACCUCUCUUUUUCUCUGUCUUUUUAAAAAUGACUCGAAGAAGCCGACAGCAAAGCCUAAAUUUACUUUUAAUGUUAUCAAACAAAGAGAAAUGCUCUCCCCUCUGUACUUUCUUCUUUUAUGAAUGAAGCGGUCAGUGAGUUGAAGCAGCCAUGCGGUGUGUGUUUGACCAAUCAGCGACGGUCAUCCCUGCAAACCCUACCCCGAAGGUUCCUGUACUUUCAGAAAGUAGUUCCUACUGAUCAGGGACUUUUGGGGGGGUAAAAAGGCCCAGAACAAUGUCACAGAACUAAAUGUAGAUCCUGGUCCCUGAGGUCGAGCGCAACGAGUUCCUCGGAAUGUCCCUAAUUCUGGGGGAAAGUACCGGUGGUCGAAACUCGGCUUUUUAUUUGAUUUAUUCAGCCAUGCAGUUUUUGAAAACAAUUUUUACUGUUUGUAUCGCUGGAAUUAUGUCCCCCAACACUAUUUUUACUUUUGUAAUCUAUGCAACAAUAGACAAGUACUGCCUGUGAGUAGACUGGUAAGGUUUAAAUCCAAUAGAUAUGUCAUAUACAGUAUGUAAGAAGUCUGGUAAGAGUGAUGCUGCUGCCGAGUAAUUGUUUUCCAUCUUUCUAGGGGGCUUCUUAAAGUUUUUCACUGUAGUAGGUGCAAGUGUGUAAAAUAAGGAAUAGUAUUUUUGCAGAUAUUUUAUUAAUUAAUUGUAAGUUUUAUUAGGAAUGAGUGCAGUAUUUGUUGAUGAAUGUGAAAUGGGUGAAUCUUUGAUGGUUAAACAAUCAUAUCAAUUGA